AUGAUUGUAGUUGCUUUGGUUGUGUUCUAUGCUAGCAGAAGCCUUUUUCAAGGUUUGCUGUUGACUCUAGAGCACCACAUUCCCCGUGUAGUGGGAGCCUUGGGGGCUGGAAACAUGGGAAACUCAUGUGUUUGCCGUGAUGACAGCGGAGCAGAAGACAAUGUGGAAUCUCAGGGUCGGCAAACGGAGAACAGCAGAGCACAUAUACCUGAAGCAAGAAGCCACCCAAGGGACCCUGUCCGUCCACCCAGGAGGGGUCGAGGGCCCCAUGAACCAAGGAGGAAAAAACAGAAUGUGGAUGGGCUAGUACUUGACACACUGGCUGUAAUUCGGACGUUAGUAGAUAAUGACCAGGAGCCUCCUUAUUCAAUGAUCACGUUGCAUGAAAUGGCAGAAACAGAUGAAGGCUGGUUGGAAGUUGUCCAAUCUUUAAUUAGAGUUAUUCCAUUAGAAGAUCCCUUGGGACCAGCUGUUAUAACGCUACUACUUGAUGAAUGUCCUCUGCCAACAAAAGAUGCAUUACAAAAGUUAACUGAAAUAUUAAACUUAAGUGGAGCUGCUGCUUGCCAGGAUGCUUGUCACCCUGCCAAGCACCGGAACACAACUGCAGUCCUCGGCUGCUUAGCAGAGAAGUUAGCAGGUCCUGCAAGCAUAGGCUUACUCAGCCCAGGCAUCUUGGAAUAUUUACUUCAGAGCUUGAACUUCCAGUCCCAUCCGACAGUGAUGCUUUUUGCACUAAUAGCACUGGAGAAGUUUGCACAAACAAGUGAAAAUAAAAUGACGGUUUCUGAAUCUUGCAUUAGUGACCAACUGAUCUUGCUAGAGAAGUGGACAGAUAAUCCAGACUAUUUAAAACGCCAGGUUGGAUUCUGUGCCCAGUGGAGUUUAGACAAUCUGUUUUUAAAAGAAGGCAGACAGUUUACAUAUGAGAAGGUUGACUUGACCAACAUUAGGGCUAUGCUGAACAGUAACGACGUCAGUGAAUACCUGAAGAUCUCACCCCAUGGAUUGGAGGCUCGAUGUGAUGCCUCAUCCUUUGAAAGUGUUAGAUGUACGUUCUGUGUCGACUCUGGAGUCUGGUACUAUGAAGUGACAGUCAUUACUUCGGGAGUGAUGCAGAUAGGAUGGGCUACCAAAGACAGCAAAUUUCUCAAUCAUGAAGGUUAUGGCAUUGGGGACGAUGAGUACUCCUGUGCAUACGAUGGCUGUCGGCAGCUCAUUUGGUACAAUGCCAGAAGUAAACCACAUUCCCAUCCCUGCUGGAAAGAAGGAGACACAAUAGGAUUUCUACUAGACUUGCAAGAAAAGCAAAUGAUCUUCUAUUUAAAUGGAAACCAGCUCCCUGCUGAGAAGCAAGUAUUUUCGUCUGCUGUAUCUGGCUUUUUUGCUGCAGCGAGCUUCAUGUCCUAUCAACAGUGUGAGUUCAACUUUGGGGCAAAGCCCUUCAAGUACCCACCAUCAAUGAAGUUUAGUACCUUCAAUGAUUAUGCCUUUCUAACACCGGAAGAGAAAAUCAUCUUGCCCAGACACAGGCGCUUGGCUUUGUUGAAGCAAGUGAGUAUCCGAGAGAACUGCUGCACACUGUGCUGUGAUGAGGUAGCAGACACAGAACUCAGGCCGUGUGGACACAG